CUCCACCAUUAGAGAGAACAUGCAUUUGUGCAUGACUCUCUCUCCCGCCGUCUAAGAACAGUUAACAACAACUGCGCGUACAUGCAAUCUAUAUCACAGUGCACUUCACAUUACCUAUAAAUUGAAGUGGAAAUCUGCAUGAAAAUUAAGGCUUCAAACUAAAAUCAAUCAUCAUGGAAUUGCUCAAUCUCAAACUCACUUUCAUGCUCUUCUUAUUUUUCAGUUCAAUCGUUAAGUACUCUGUUUCACUUCAAUAUGUUCAUAACAACAAAACCUCCAUCAACAAUGCUUCAGCAGUGAUUUCACUUCCACUCUUCCCCUACGCUUCCAUACUAAAACAACAUCAACAUCAUCUUAAUUACACUGAAUUAGUACAAUCCCGCCUCGCCUCCGACGCGGCCAGAAUCAACUCCAUCAAUUCCAUAAUCCAGUACAAAAUACACCAUGGCAACUUCUCCGGGAACAAUACGAAGGCGUUUCAACAGGCCGGAAUCUCCCCGGGAACGCCGGUGUUUCCAAACUACGCCGGAGUGUAUCUGGUCCGAAUCGGCGUGGGUCGACCCGAGAAACAGGCUUUCUUGAUGGUAGACACCGGAAACAGCCUCACCUGGAUACAAUGCCAACAAUGCACCCAUUGUUUCAGACAAUUCGGACCCAGAUUCGACCCGUACAGAUCCUCCACUUUCGCCACCCUCCCCUGCUCCUCCCGGCAGUGUAAUUCCUUCCCAAAGAAAUUCAAACAAUGCUCCGGCCAAUUCUGCGGUUACGAUAUAAGCUACAGUGAUGGAACUUACACCGCCGGAAUACUUGCCACCGAAACGUUGAAUUUCAAUGGCUUUCCGAUCAAAGGAGUGGUAAUUGGAUGCGGGCUUGAUAUGAAUACACCCGGCCUUGGAGACUCGGCCGGCCCGCUCGGACUUGGAGCCGGGCCGGAAUCGUUUCCGUCCCAAAUUAGAGCUUCAACGUUUUCGUAUUGCCUUGUAGACAUGGAUUCCAAGAACCAAUUCUCAACUCUGGAGUUCAAUUCCGCCCCACCGAGGGACUCUGUAUUUGUUCCCAUGAUCCGAAACCCUAAAAUCGCCGCCGGCCACUAUUACGUGGGGCUGACCGGAAUAAGCGUCGGAGGAAAACUCUUACCCAUCCCGCGGGCUACUUUUCAGAUCGACGGCAACGGGAACGGCGGCGUGAUACUUGACACCGGAUCCACGCACACUCACCUUCCGAAACAAGCGUAUGAACCGUUGAUGAACGCGAUUUGGGAAAGGACCAGAGGCAUAAGCAGAGACAAAACGGACUCGACGUGUUUUCUGAUAAACUGUGCGAGGGACUAUGAGAGGUUUCCAGAUGUGGGUUUGGUGUUUGGCAAUGGUAAAACCGUGUUGGUGGCCCGGAAGAAUUACUUGAGACUUGAUCGUGGUUCCGGCGGGGGAACGAGAUUUUGCUCGUAUUUUUGGGAAACAAAGGGUUCAUUAUCCGUUAUCGGAAUGGCACAGCAGCAGGGGAUCCGUAUCACCUAUGAUCUUGCCAUUAAACGGAUUGGUUUCAGUCCUAACAAAUGUUAAGUACGUAAUACUCUUCUAAUAUCCCUGUCUCAAAAAGCUAGACAAAUCUGAAUCCUUUUAUAGUUUAUACGUACUCUAUAGCUGAUUCAGAGAUAGACAUGGGGAAACCUUAAUUUGCUUCGUUCUAAAAUGUAUAAAUAUUUCCUAUUCUGUGAGAAAAUGAUAUGAUAAUUAAAGAGCGGAUGAUUUGUGAAAUAGAAAUUAUACAUUGAUGUUUUUUCUUGUUUAUGCUCAA